UAGUUCCAAACAAUACGUAGAACCGACAAGUUGUUGUUAGAGAAAUUCUUAAUUGCGAUCUCGUGUGUGCGCUCUCCAAGCGUUAUUAUUACCCUACCUUACCCCUUCUAUUCAUCAAUAUGGCCGCACAAAAUUCAUCCCAGAAAAAAGAUUCUCAAUCGAUAUCAAAAUGGAAACAAUUACAAUUAUUGAUGAAUACUGUCAAUCAUAUAUUAAUCGGAUUUGUAGUCGUUUACAUGACCUUUUUAGCUAAAAGUUUAAGUUUUUCUGACACAUCAUUGCACGCGUUAGUUUCAACAAUCGGGUUCCAUUUGCUUGCUGCAGAAGCAAUGAUGUGCCAUUAUCCAGAAAAUAGAUUAACUAAAAACUUUUCACACAAAACCAAAACAAGACUUCAUUCCGCUUUGCAAAUAGUUGGAGGCUCUAUGGGUCUAUUGGCUGCUAUAGGAAAAUUCACAAAGACUGAAGUUCAUUUUACAACAAUUCAUGGAAAAUUUGGUCUGGCAACAUCUUUUAUGUGCUUAGCCAGUAUGAUGGGUGGAGUGGUUAAUACAUAUCCAUUUCUACUCAAAAAACUAUUCAAACCUGUGGAAAUUAAACUCCGUCACAAUUUAUUCGGACUGGUCACAUUUACACUUGCUAUGUCAACUAUAUUUCUUGGCUACAACACAAUUUUCUUUUACAAGUUUGUUGAUUCGCAUUUUAUACCGUUUAUAAGCUCAGUCACAUUGGUUGUAUGGCUCCUGACAAUUAUUGGACCAGCAAGGUCGUUGCUUGGUAAAUUGAAGUACAGAAGAUAGAGCAAAUAAAAAAAAAUGUUUAGGUGCAUCCCUCAUACAAAGAAAGUGCCGCAAUAAAGGUUUUUUCUUCAUUUUUUUU